AUGGCGUUUGUGAGAUUCACCAUUCGCCCAUACCUUAGACCACAAGACCCCAUCGAACUUCCAUAUUGGAUCCCAAUCCUAGGACACAGUCUUAGUUUCUUCCAGAAUUCUGAUAGCUUGAUCGAGCGUGGCUUAGAUUACACUGGCAGAACUCACGAGCCUUUCGCACUUCAAGUGGCUUCGCAAUUAUUCUAUAUUGUUACAGGACCCAAGGAUGUCGCAGAAGUCUACAGAAAUGUAGCCACUCUGAGUUGGGAUGGUCACUUGUCUCAAAUUCUUUCUAACUUUGGCUUCACUGGCAAAGCAUUGAAGUUGGCAUGGCAUGUACCCGUUCCUGGAGACAAAUGCUAUAUGCACAAGAAUCCAGUCAACCCAAAGCAAUUAUCUCUAGUCAAACUCAUUGAGGAAGUUUACAUUGCACAAUUACUCCCUGGUGUACACAUGACGGAAAUGUCAGAGAAAUUCAUCGUGUCACUCAAAGACUCACUUCAACCACCAAAGAUGGACUUUUGUACUUUGAGCAGGAAUGGUCUCACUCGCCGGGUCUCAUUGAAAGCUCUUUGUCGAUCUACCCUUGUGGAAGCUGCAACCUUUUCCAUGUUUGAUAAAGCUCUCCACAAGCUCAAUCCGGAUAUUGUACAACACAUGUUGGACUUCAAUGAUAGUGCCUGGAUGGUUUUCUUCGGUCUUCCUGAGAUAUUUUCAGCCAAGGUGGCCAAAGCCCGCAAAACAAUGCAAAAGACAAUGGCCGAAUUUGCUCGUCUUCCAGAAAAGGAGCGUGAGGGUCAAGCUUGGGGAAUUGGAACGAUUCUAAAGGCACAGGAAAUUGUUGGCAUCGAUAUCGAGAGUAGAGCUUGCAUGCUCUUAUUAAUCUACUGGGCUGCAAACUCAAAUGAGUACAACAUCUCAUUUUGGCUUAUUGCUCAUCUUGUUUACAACGUCCCUCUUAUGGAGCGAGUUCGCGACGAAUUGGAAGCCGGCUGGAAGGACGGUGAGCUUGACAUCAAAUAUCUAUGUGCCAAUUCUCCCAAUCUUGAUGGUGCAUUCCAAGAAUCACUACGAUUGAACGGAGGUGCCAUGAUGAGUCGUCAAGUCAAACAGCCAACUAUGAUCGGUAACAAGCUAAUGCAACCUGGAUCUAAUGUUCUCAUGCCUUCCCGACAACUACACAUGAAUGAGAGUGUCUGGGGUCAAGAUUACAAGAACUUUGAUGCAGAGAGAUUUGUUAGAGAUAAGGGCAUGCUGAAACAUUCAUCUUACCGCCCAUUUGGCGGUGGAAUCAGUUACUGCCCUGGUCGUGUUAUGGCUAAGGAGCAGGUUUACGCUUUUGUUGCUAUUAUUUUCAGGAGAUUUGAUGUUAAGUUGGCACCUGGGAUAAAUGGAAAGUUUCCAGUCUUGGAUGAGAGCACUCCUUCGCUCGGAAUUACAGGUCCAGUGAAAAAUAUGGAUGUGUUCAUGGAUUUGACCGAGAGGAAGAAGUAUAACCUAUACUGA